CGCUCACUGUUCUCAUUUCUCUCGCCAGUGCGGGCGUUGGGCGCACAGGCACCUACAUUGGCAUCGACGCCAUGCUGGAAGGCCUGGAGGCUGAGAACAAAGUGGACGUCUACGGUUACGUGGUCAAACUGAGGCAGCAGAGGUGCCUGAUGGUUCAAGUGGAGGCACAGUACAUCUUGAUCCAUCAAGCCUUAGUGGAAUACAAUCAGUUUGGAGAAACAGAAGUGAGCUUGUCUGAAUUACAUCCAUAUCUACUUAACAUGAAGAAAAGAGAUCCACCCAGUGAACCAUCUCCAGUAGAAGCUGAAUUCCAGGUAAUAAUAAUGAUAGCAAUAUUAGUAAUUAUGGGUAAUUUUUAUUAGUGCCAUCUGUUUUCCAGCUGUUUGCUUUGCACUUGCAUUUGGUCCACACCAUAAGCAGCAGAGCACAGAGAAGGAAACUAGGACACAGGAGAGUUUAAGAGAAAUGCCUGAAUUUGCACAACUAUUACGUAGGAGAUUUGUUUAAACCCAGAAAUCUGAUUCUAUCACUAACAAUUUUAACCAUUCCCCAUUAAGCUGAUAUAAAAUACAGCGCCCAAACAGCAGCGUAUAUAUUGGUCUGCCAAAGGCAAUGUAGCAUAUCGCCUUUAAAAACUGUGCCUGGUUUUUGGUUUGUAAAGGAAAUAAUUAGAGCAAUCUAUGACUACUUAGGAAGCUGAACUGGCUGGGGCUGGUUGGUAGAAAGUAAAGGUUAAGUACAGGUGUCCUC